AUGGCUGGAGAGUUUGGGCAGAUCCAGGUGGGCACCUACCUGGAGAUCAAGCGCAGCGAUGGGCGCAUCCACCAAGCGAUGGUGACAGAGCUCCAUGGAAACACUUCCAGCAUUACCGUGGAGUGGAUCGAGAAAGGGGCCAACAAGGGCAAGAAGGUGGAUCUCCAGCUCGCCUUCGCCCUCAACCCACACCUGGCCCCAAGGAGCAUGCCAACAAGCGGCAUUGAGGCCCUGCCAUCAGCCAGAGGGGACCAGAGCCUGGUGAUCGAAAUGCUGCCGCAGCCCAUCAAGGUGGAGAAGCCAUCCGGGGAUGGCAGGGAGCCCGUGGCUCGCCGACCUGGCACAGGGUGCUGUAACCGUCGGUGGACGUCGCCAUGUGUACGGCAGGUGGAGAGGCUGCAGGAACAGCGGGAGCGCCGGCGCCUGGAGAUGAGGGAGCGGCGAGCCCAGCAGGCCACCGCGUCACUCCAUUCCAGGGCCGAUGUGAUGGACAUGAUCCAGGAAUACCGCAGCCACCUGGACCGUGAGGCCGUGCAGACCGCCAAGCCCAGCCGGCCCCAUCGCAUCUCUGUGUGUGUCCGCAAGCGGCCGCUGAACCAGUAUGAAGCCGACCUCAACGACUUCGAUGUGGUGACCGUGCCCUGCCAGGACGUGGUGAUGGUGCAUGAAGCCAAACAAAAGUUGGACCUCACUCGAUACCUGAAAAAUCAGGUCUUCCGCUUUGACAUUGCCUUCGAUGACCAUGCCACCAAUGAGCUGGUGUACAAGCACACUGCCCAGCCUCUGGUGGAGACUGUCUUCCAGGGGGGCAUGGCCACCUGCUUUGCCUAUGGCCAGACAGGCAGUGGCAAGACUUACACCAUGGGAGGAGACUUUUCCAUCAAGAACACAGAGUGCUCCAAAGGGAUCUACGUCCUGGUAGCCGAGGACGUCUUCAGCAGGCUGCAGGACCCGAACUGCCAGAAGCUGGAGCUUCGGGUCUACGGUGCCUUCUUUGAGAUUUAUGGGGGCAAGGUGUUUGACCUGCUGAACUGGAAGAAGCAACUUAGGGUGCUAGAAGAUGGUAAACAACAAAUUCAGGUGGUAGGACUCCUGGAACAAGAGAUCACCGGCGUAGAAGAUGUCAUCAAGCUGAUAGAAACUGGUAGCAAGUGUCGCAUGUCAGGCCAGACAUCUGCCAACACCCACUCUUCCCGGAGCCACGCCAUCUUCCAGAUCCUACUCAAGAAGAGGGGCCAUUUGUACGGCAAGUUUUCCCUGAUCGAUUUGGCUGGGAAUGAAAGAGGAGCUGACAUCUGCACCGCAGACAGGCAGACACGGCUGGAGGGGGCUGACAUUAAUAAGAGCCUCUUGGCCCUGAAGGAGUGUAUCCGAGCGCUGGGCCGGAACAAAGCCCACACGCCCUUCCGAGCUAGCAAACUCACCCAGGUGCUGCGGGACUCCUUCAUUGGGGAGAAUUCCUCCACCUGCAUGAUCGCCACUGUGUCCCCGGGCAUGAGGUCCUGCGAGCACACCCUGAACACGCUGCGCUACGCCAACCGCGUGAAGGAGCUGGGCGUGAGCUUGAGUGCCCUUGGACAGCCCUCUCAGGAGGUGUCGCGGUCCCUGUACCGCUCAAAAGAUGGGAAGAAACUCUGGGCUUUGCAGAGUUUGCCCGGGACAGCUGAGCCGCAGCAGUUGAGGGUACAGGCAGAGGGGGAAGUCGCUCCCCAGUUGUUCACUUUCAGUGCCAGAGGGAAAACGCAGAAGAAGAGGAAGGAGAUGGAGAAGAGGACACUUAUUGAGGAGCAUCAGGAAUCUCUGCGGUGGUUGAGAGUAUUCUUAGAAGUGGCUGAAGAGAUAGACUACGACGUAGAUUUUUAUGCUGCGCAGUUUGAAGCAGUCCUGGGACAAAAGAUCGGCAUCCUGACGGAGAUCCAAGAAAAAGUCCGCUCUUUCCGGGCGGUUCUUUGCAAGGAAGAACAGGGCGGCAGCCAGCUGAGUGCCAAGAGAUCCCGUGCGCUGUAG